AUGAAUCCCGCCGAGCUUGUUCGUGCUAUCCGCGCUCAGGCUGCCUCGGAAAAUAAGCCUUAUGCCGACAAUCAGCAGGCGGUGGCUGCGCUCAUGGCCUACAAGCUCUCGCAACAUCGCGAUGAGAUUCUCCGUUCUGUGAGCGCCGGACCAUCCUCCGCUGCGGUUGCUGCUUCUCCCUCCUCUACGCCGCCUCCAGCCUGCCCAAUGCAUGUUAGUGGCAGUAGCGCAUCAUCAGCGCCACCUAAGCCUUCACCGCCGCCUAAGAUGGUGGCAUCAUCCGGAGGACAAUGUCCCAUCCCUCAUGAGGACCGCGACAAGUAUCUCGCCUCCAAAUCAGCACAGCCUUCCUCAUCAUCCGGCGCUGGCUCGAUGGCGAACUCAUCGUCUGCAUCCUCCUCAUCCACGCCUUGGUCCGCGACACUCAACCCGCUCAAUAUGAUGCCCAACCUCGGUCAGAGUCAGACACCAGAGCAAAAGGCCGAGCUUUCUACCGAGCGAGUCGUCUCUUCCAUUCCACGUUCGCGCUCUUCUGCUGCCCCCGGUGCAUCUCCCUACGAUGCUCCCUCCGCGUGCCCCGUCAAGCACGACAGCAGCCAGCCUUCCGAAGAACAAUCCGAAAAGUGGGAAUAUCCGUCACCGCAGCAGUUCUACAACGCUCUCGUCCGCAAAGGCUGGGAGACGCCGGAAGAGCACGUCGAGACCAUGGUGCUUGUGCACAACUUUCUCAACGAACAGGCCUGGCUCGAAGUGCUCGAGUGGGAGAAGCUCGCUGGUGCCGACUCGACGCGCGCCGAACUCGCACGCUUCCAGGGCAAGCCGGGCACGCUUACGCCCAAGGCACGUCUGUUCGGUUGGCUGGGUCAGAUCAUGCCCAACACAUUCAAUAACGAACCCCCCUUCGACCGCCACGACUGGAUCGUCAGGAGACCCGACCAGCAAGGAAAGGAGGUGAGGUACGUCAUCGACUACUACAGCGUGCCCGACGACCCGGACAAGGACGAACCGGAAUUUGUGCUCGAUGUGAGACCCGCCCUGGACUCGAUAGAGAGUUUGAGUGUUAGGCUGCAGAAAGGGUUCCAGGAGUGGAUGCAGGGUCAGGGCUUCUUUACUGCUUUCGCUGCCGAGAACCAACCGAAACCGGCCGCAACGACGUCUUCUGCUUAG